UCAAAGCUGAUGGGCGACCGCUGCAGGGAACAGCAGAGGAAGAAGGACGUGCUGUUCAUUCUGUUAUCGAGCUGCUGAAUUCUCUCUUUCCCUGAUAAUUCACUGAGGAGUUGGUUGUUUUAGUUUUAGGGGUCCCAUUGUUUCCACAUGUAUUUGUCACAUCAUUUAAAUGCCUCAACGUUUAGAGCUUUAGCGGAGUAACUGCAUCUUAUUACACCGUGCCUAACAGUGGACAGCUACUUUAGCUAGCAGCUAGCUAGCUGUAUGUUGAAUGAACAAACCGACAAGGGGGACCCAGCGGAACCUCGGUCUCUGUGGAGGGUCUGUUGAGCCUCUGUGGAGGGUCAGACAAAGACCAACAAACCCAUAACUACCUGGCUUCCCUCUGUAAGCGAACAGCUGCAACUUUUGCCUGGUGUGUCUCAGCUAAAGAAAAAGAAACUGGUCCACUGAGAAAAGAUGGAAGCUCCUCCAGUAACGGUGAUGCCCGUCACCGGCGGUACCAUCAAUAUGAUGGAAUACCUUCUGCAAGGCAGUGUGCUGGACCAAGCCCUUGAAAGCCUCCUGCACCGCCUCCGAGGUCUUUGUGACAACAUGGAACCUGAGACUUUUACAGAUCAUGAACUUGUUUACCUUCUGAAAGGCCAACAAGGAAACCCUUUCAUUCUACGAGCCCGGCGCUCCCUCUCCCAUCCCACAUCUCCUUGGCACCUACGCUACCUAGGCCAGCCUGAGGUCGGGGACAAGAGUCGCCAUGCUUUGGUGCGCAACUGUGUCGACGUGGCUGCCUCUCACAGCCUGCCAGAGUUCCUCAAUGAGAUGGGAUUCCGCAUGGACCAUGAGUUUGUUGCCAAUGGGCACAUUUUCCGCAAAGGGGCUAUGAAAAUUGUGGUCAGUAAGCUGUCGCGUAUCUUGGUCCCAGGAAACACUGAGAAUACGGAGCGUCUUUCACUUUCAUACCUGGUGGAGCUGAGUGUGUUGGCUCCUGCUGGCCAGGACACUAUGUCAGAGGACAUGCGCAGCUUUGCUGAGCAGCUCAAACCCUUGGUACACCUGGAGAAGAUUGAUCCGAGCAAACAAAGACAUUGAGUGACAGAAUUCAGAGCAUCAAAUCAACAAUUUCCACCAUAGAUGAUUAUUUUUUUUUACACCUCGAAAUAAACACAGUGGAAAGUUUCCUAAACAUG